GCCUCUGUUAUCUGCAGACUGAAUCUGAGGACAUUCACAGACAGUCAUGGAUCAUCCAUGGACCCAGAUGUGGAAAUGGACUCUGUGUGUCCUCUUGUGUGGGAUGUCUGUGGGCCGAGGAUCAGCUACACUACAUUACAUGGUGGCCAUCCCUGCUGUUCUUGAGUCUGGAGCAGAGACUAAAUUCUGUGCCAGUCUCCUGCAGCCCAAUGAGUAUCUGCUCAUGACUGUCACUCUGGUGUCGCAGAACAGCAGCGUAACUCUGCUGGAGAAAACAUCCAGUACAGAAUUGAAUGAGUGCUUCCAGUUUCAGGACACGGUGGUGGCUCUUCAGGCUCUGUCCCUCUACUCCAGUCUGGUGUUCAGUCCUGAAGGUUCCAGCACAGUGACAGUUCAGUCUCCCAGUGGUCCGCUGACCUUUGGUGUGACCCCAGACAACAAGCUGCUCUACCAGGAGAAGAUUCUGCAGGGUGAGGCAGGAAAGUACAGCCUGGAGGUGAAGGGGACUGGAUGUGCCUCAGUUCAGUUCAACAUCCCAACCUUUACCGACGCCACCACACUGAGAGUGAAGGUUGAACCAGAGGCCGACUGCAGAGGCCCUUCUCACAAACCCAGACUGAACAUUCAGCUGCAGUCCCUGUGAGUCACAUGUGUCAAACUCAAGGCCCGUGGGCCAAAUCCAGCCCCGCGUACCUUUUUAUGUGGCCCUCUGGAUUCUAGACUAAACACUAAGUGUGCUUAAAUAUUAUGUUGUCAAUAAAAUCAAUGCAGUUUUUAUCUGCUCACUGCCAAAUUAUA